UUACAUAGCAGACUGGACUGUGAGAGAGAGGAGAGAGAAGGCAUGGCAUUUGCUUAGACGGUAAUAGAUAACUACCGGUAUCUACCCCUCCAUUGGCUCAGUUCAAUUCUCAAACUUUUUUAACCUAAAGAAACAAAGCAACAAACAGAAUCAUCAAAGCAAGCUUUACACUUUAAAUGCUUCAUGAACUGAAAAUUUUCUUCUCUAUACUUUUUCUUUCACCUAGCAACAACACAUCCACAUUUAAGUCUUAAAAAUUUCUUUUGAACUUUCUAGGGAUCUGGGUCUUCUUUACUUUCUCAAAAAAUUCAUAGCAGACAUUUCUUUUGCACACAAAUUCCGCUGAAAAGAGAUUCCAAUUCCAAACUUAGUUAAAGUGUUGCAGAUGUGACUGUAAUGGUACAGAUCUUGAAAUGGGUGCAUUCUAAAAUACUUCAAUGAUGAGGUUAACACUUGAAGUACGUGACAGUGUCUCAGAUCUUUAAAAUCUAGAUCGAUGGCUUAUCCACCAGAGCAUUAUGGGUUGUGUAGUAAUGGCGCUUUGAAGAUCGUUUUGGCAUUGGUGGCUACAUUCUUGAUUGGGUACGUUGUGAGACCCCAAUUGCACUCAAGAGAGAGUUCAAGUGCUCAAGCUUCAUGUCCUUGUGACUGUGAUUGCUCUGAAGAAUUUGCCCUGUUUUUGCCAUUAGGAUUUAUCAACAGCUCAUAUGCAGACUGUAGUAACGAUGAUCCCGAUAUACAUGAAGAAAUGGAGAAGGAUAUUGUAGCUUUACUGUCAGAGGAAAUUGCUUUGCAGAGAAGAGUGGCUAAUGAUUCACUGGAGCACACCAGGGCAUUAGUAAUGGAUGCCAGGAAAGCCUCUUUACACUAUCAAAAAGAAGCAGAAAAAUGUAAUGCACAAACAGAAACUUGUGAAGAAGCAAGGGAGAGAGCUGAAGCAGGACUAGUUGAGGAGUAUAAACUUACAGCAGAGUGGGAGAAACGAGCUCGAGAACUCGGAUGGGAAGAAGAUAGUACAAGAGUAUAUACAUGAGGAUGGAUAUCAAGUAUGGAUACUUCUAUAACUUCAAUUUUUGUCUUUCAAUCGCAAAAUAGCUUGUACUGUAGUAAUAGUGAUUGCAAGGCUGUUGUCAAUACUUUUUUCAAUGUAAAUGAAAUGGUUCUGUAUUUCUUGAAUUGCUGGUUAAAGUAUCCCUUUUCAUAUUCUGGAUUGAAACUGAA